GUUUGGCCCCAAUGAGUGUGAGGGCCGCCAGCAAGGGGCGCUUUUCAGCUCCGGCUGAACCGGUGGUGAAAAUGUCCACAGAGAGGAUCGAGUUACUCUACGCCCCAUCUUUAAGCCCCGGUCAGUGCGCCGUUAGCCGCAGGACAACAGAGGAAACUAUACGGGGAGGAAGACUGGCUGUCUGGGAGAGAAACAGCUCCACACUCAUUGUUAGCUAAUUAGAAGGAAAUAAUGAGACGCCUGCUGCUGCUGCUCACUGUCGGGAAAAGGCCUUGAAAAAGGGAGAAAACUUCAUGAUCACCUGACGGCUAAAAAAUGAUAGAAACAAUUGAUACCCAGCGUGCCUUGCAGGCGGUGGAGCGUCUCCAGGCCAAACUGAAGGAGCGGGGGGAGGUGCCCACCGAGGAGAAGCUCAGCCUGCUCAGAUCGGUGCUUCAAAGCCCACUCUUCCACCAGAUCCUGGCCUUGCAAAAGUCUGUCCAGCAUCUCAGAGAUCAGGGUAGCAUCACAUCACCCAGAGGAAGUGACCUCAAUGACCACAGCAUCAAAGCCAAUGGCAGCCAUGCUUCCUACUCAGAUGACUCAGCAACUUCUCACAUCAACGGGAAAACGUCUCUGGAAGAAUUUGAGGGCAUCAUCCACUCUAUGGCCCAGGGUCGCUACGUGUCCCAUGUGGAGCUGCAGAAACCAGCGUCAGGGGGCCUCGGCUUCAGCGUGGUGGGGCUAAAGAGUGAGAACCGUGGAGAGCUGGGAAUCUUUAUUCAAGAAAUUCAACCAGGAAGUGUUGCCCACUGUGACGGGAAGCUAAAGGAAGCGGACCAGAUUCUGGCCAUAAACGGUCAACCUCUGGACCACACGGUCACCCACCAACAAGCCAUCAGCAUCCUGCAGAGCGCUUCAGAGAAGGUGCAGCUCUCCGUGGCCAGGGGGCCGAUACCUCAGCUGACCAGUCCGGUUGUGUCACGCACACCCUCUGCUGCUAGCACGUUAUCAGCCCACUCCAGCAAGUGGCAGCACGUGGAGACGAUUGAGUUAGUAAAUGACGGCACUGGUCUCGGGUUUGGGAUUGUUGGAGGAAAAACUACGGGGGUUAUUGUCAAAACCAUACUUCCUGGAGGCGUCGCAGAUCAGGAUGGACGCUUACGAAGUGGGGAUCACAUCCUGCGAAUCGGAGACACCGACCUGUUUGGCAUGGGCAGCGAUCAGGUGGCCCAGGUCCUCAGGCAGUGCGGCAACAGGGUGAAGCUGGUUGUUACCAGGGGGCCUGUGGAGGAGACGCCGUCUGCCGUCAUGUCUGUGGUGCUCCCCACUGUCGCUGAGCAGCAGGGAAGCGAAGAAGAGGAGAUUGAAGCAUUUGAUGUGAGCCUAAGCAAGAACACACAGGGACUGGGCAUCACUAUUGCUGGCUAUGUUGCAGAUAAGAAUUCAGAGCCCUCUGGCAUCUUUGUAAAGAGCAUAACAAAAGACAGCGCGGUGGAUCAGGAUGGCCGGAUUCACGUUGGAGACCAGAUAAUCGCCGUGGAUGGCGUAAACAUUCAGGGGUACACCAAUCAACAGGCAGUGGAAGUUCUCAGACACACCGGCCAGACAGUCCACCUUAAGCUGAUCCGGCGAGGCUUCAGGCCCGACGAUGAGGAGGAACCCCCUACCGUGACCCCUAUCAUCUCCAUUUUGUCCCCUUCUGCCACCAUCCCGACCACAGCCACCGUCAUGAAGGAGCUGGAGUUGGAGAGGAGCACAGCUCAGCAGCCCACUCAAGCCAUCGUUGCUCAGAAGCAGUUCCAGACAACAGGAGAGGGAUCUGAUGUCAGCUGCGCUGUGGAUCAUCUAACAAAAGACAAACAUGGGCCGAAGUUAACACCUACUGAAGAAGACGAACUGAUGAAGAAAUGGCAAGAGAUUCUUGGUCCAAAUAAUGAAGUUGUGGUGGCUCAGGUGGAGAAGUUUACUGAGAACAGCGGCCUGGGCAUCAGUCUGGAAGCUAGUGGUGGUCAUCAUUACAUCCGUUCAGUCCUUCCCGAGGGACCAGUCGGCCGCUGUACAAAGUUGUUUAGUGGAGAUGAACUGCUGGAGGUGAAUGGGAUUUCUCUGAUCGGAGAGACCCAUAAAGAGGUGGUGAGAAUCUUGAAGGAGCUUCCCAUCUGUGUGUACAUGACGUGCUGUAGACCUGCUCCAGAUCUCCAGAUAGAUAUGGAUACGGUCCAGCCAGAACCAGAUGCUUUUCCUACAGAAUAUAAACUGAAGAAUAACAUCAGCAGUGCGCUGGUUUCUGAAGUUUCAGAGGCGAAUGACAUAGAAGAUCCCCAGGAUACAGUUACUGAAGAGGCAAUUGGAUCUCCUUUGGCCAUGUGGGAGAUGGAGAUCCAGAAUAUCGAGCUGGAAAAGGGAGAAGGGGGAUUGGGAUUCAGUAUUUUGGACUACCAGGACCCGCUGGACCCCUCCAAGACGGUGAUCGUGAUACGCUCGCUUGUUCCGAACGGUGUUGCGGAGACGGACGGCAGGCUUCUGCCCGGCGACCGACUCAUGUAUGUGAACAGCACAAACCUGGAGAACGCCACCCUCGAGGAUGCCGUCCAGGCACUCAAGGGGGCCAAGGUUGGAAAAGUCCAGAUUGGAGUCGCCAAACCUCUGCCUGGAAUAUGUGGAUAUUCCCAUUCUCCACACCCUUUUGGUGAGCAGGAAAUACCUUCAUCACCCAUCAUCCAUUCAUUUGACUUCAGCAGUGUUUUGAUUGAAGAAGGAGAGGAAGGAGGACUGACUGAGGGCGUCCUUUACCGAGCAGAACCUGCAUUGAUUGACACAAGUGACGGAGACCUAUCUGAUGAUAAGGUGUUAGAUCAUACUUACUCUGGGAUGGAGGACGACACAUUCCAGGCGUCGAUGAUCGCUCUCCACGGCAGCAGCUGCAGUGCUGACUUGGAUUGCCUGCAGUCUUCCACACCCAAGCUGACAGCCCGUCUGAACGUGUUGGACGAACACCCCGGCUUCGGAGACGACGCUCCGUCGUUCUCCACAGAGAAGUCGGCCUCUUACACUCCAGCGACUUUGUCAGGUCACAUCCCGGCGAUUAAUACCAUUCUAAGCAGCUCAGAUCAAUACUUGGCAAAGCACCCGGGCGAAGAACAAGAACCAGUCGGGUGCUCAGACUCCUACGGCCUGUUUGCAGAGAUAGAGGCCAAACACAUUGACCAGGUGGCACCCGUGGAGCAGCCUCUCUGUCUGAUCGAACCGGUCAUCUCUUUUAGAGAUACGGAAGACACAACGGAUAUGGAGAAGGCGAGUGUGAAAGAAUCUGCUGAAGACGACAACAAAGCAGCUCUGACCUCUGGGAGCAAUUUUGAAAGGACCAUCACAGUUGUCAAGGGCAACUGCAGCCUCGGGAUGACAGUGAGCGCCAUGAAAGAUGGUCUGGGGAUGGUGAUCCGCAGCAUCAUCCACGGGGGGUCCAUUAGCCGCGACGGUCGUCUGGGAGUGGGCGAUCUGAUCCUGGCCAUAAACGGAGAGCCCACCACCAACCUGUCCAACGUCCAGGCUCGUGCCAUGCUCAGGAGGCACUCUCUCAUUGGGCCAGACCUCGGAUCUGCUUGUGCACCCGAGGACGAUCUGUGCCCGUUUUAUGUUGUUACAUACGUCCCUGCUGAGUACCUGGAGGAGUACAAAGCCAGCCUCGAGCAAGCUAAGGAUGAUAUCUUCACUGAGACGCCUCAAGAAGAUAUUCCCAGCCUCCCAGAGCGGGAAGACGGCGAGGGAGAGGAGAGUGCCUCAUACAGCAACUGGAAUCAGCCAAGGAAAGUGGAGCUUUUCAGAGAGCCUGGUAAGUCCCUGGGGAUCAGCAUUGUCGGCGGCAGAGGGAUGGGCAGCCGCCUGAGCAACGGGGAGGUGAUGAGGGGCAUUUUCAUCAAGCACAUCCUGGAGGACAGCCCUGCUGGACAAAACGGGACACUGAAGACUGGGGACCGGAUAGUGGAGGUGGAUGGCGUAGAUUUACGAGAUGCAAGUCAUGAGGAAGCAGUGGAGGCCAUACGGAAGGCAGGCAACCCCGUUUCCUUCGUGGUCCAGAGUAUUAUUCACCGAGCCAGGCCUGAGUCGAUACAUAGCCCAGCUCCAUCUCCCGCAGUGGAGAAACGCGCCGCAGCUUUCACAUGCAUGCCAAAUCGCGCACGCCAGAAGCCGCCCCUGCCCUUUCUGCAGCUAAAUAGCCGCCGUGACUCCAGCCUUUGCAGCACUAAUCAAAGCUCCUUAGCACCUGCCCUCCCUCAGCAACCGCCAUCGAUAACGGACUCCGUCGAGGAGAGAGCCGUGCCGAAUUACAGCAAGGACAAGGAGGGUGACAGUCACAGUAGAGUUUUUCUCCGCCUCUCCCCAACUAACCCUUUCACUCCUACCCCGUUUAAGGUUUGUGCGUCUUUGUGUUGUGCCUCCCACCUCUCACCUCUGCGAAUGCUUGGACAGAUACAUUCACGUGCCGCACCGGCGAAGCGUGAAGCGCCAAAGGCAUCUCCCACCGGCUCCGUCCUCCCCCUGCCAGUGGUGCCCCAUGUGGGAGAGAGCGAUACAGACAAGCUCGCUGAUAUUCCUGGAAGACCUGCAGAAACGGUUGAGCAGAGCAAGGAGGAGGAGGAGGAAGAAGAAGAAGAAGACGAAGAAGAAGAAGAGGAGGACGAGUUUGGAUACAGUUGGAAGAACAUAAUCCAGCUCUACGGCAGCCUCCCGGGUGUCCUACACAUGAUUGAGCUGGAGAAAGGCAAGACGGGCCUGGGUCUCAGCCUGGCAGGGAACAGGGACCGCUCCCGCAUGAGCGUGUUUGUGGUGGGAAUAGACCCCAACGGAGCAGCGGGCAGGGACGGACGGAUGGGCGUGGGGGACGAGUUACUGGAAAUAAACGGACAAGUUCUUUAUGGCCAAAGUCAUCAGAACGCAUCUUCCAUUAUCAAGAGCUCCCCAUCCAAAGUUAAAAUCAUCUUCAUCAGGAACACAGAGGCACUGAACCAGAUGGCCGUGGGACCUGUGAGAGAGCAAGAGGGAGACACAACAGAGUCCCAAACUGAGCCAAAAACAUCUCCCGCCAACGACGACGACACUUCGACACGUGUUCAUCACGUCAUAAAGGUGGAGGAGGACGGCAUCGCGUUUGUAGACGGGAACACGGAGUCCGGCGUUGAGAUUCAGAGCAUAUCCGAAGCAACCGAACACACGGGAAAUGACGGCUGCAUGAAACCAGGGGACAAACUGUUGGCCGUGAACGGGGAAUCAGUUCUUGGAUACACAGUUGAAAAGGUGAAUUCUUUAUUGAGAAAGGCCAAAGGUCCAGUGAAGCUCACAUUUGUAACAAAUGAGACCGUGUCCUCCUACCCAACUCCCCAUUCGGCUUGUCCGGACACCGUUAGCUCAGACGGAGGACACGCCAGCUCUCCCAGCAUGCCUGCCGCCGCGCCGAGUACUUUAAGUCAGCCGGAAGCAGAGAUAAACACCGGUCUGAGUCGCUCCUCCACCCCGUCCACGCUGGCCUGCGACCCGGCAACCUGCCCCAUCAUCCCCGGCUGCGAGACCACCAUUGAAAUCUCCAAAGGCCGCACCGGGCUGGGCCUGAGCAUCGUGGGGGGCUGCGACACCCUGCUGGGAGCCAUUAUCAUCCACGAAGUGUAUGAAGAAGGAGCAGCCUCCAAGGAUGGCAGACUUUGGGCAGGAGAUCAAAUCCUAGAGGUGAACAGCAUUGACCUGCGAGCAGCCAGCCACGAUGAAGCCAUCAACGUGCUGCGGCAGACGCCCCAGAAGGUUCGGCUGACAGUCUACAGGGAUGAAGCCCAGUACAAGGAGGAAGAGCUGUGGGACUCCUUCACUGUGGAGCUGCAAAAGAAGCCGGGCCAGGGUCUGGGUCUGAGCAUCGUAGGGAGGAGAUCGCGGGAUCACAGGAAUGACACGGGAGUGUUUGUGUCCGACAUCGUCAAAGGAGGGCUGGUGGACGUGGACGGCCGACUGAUGCAGGGCGACCAGAUUCUGUCGGUCAACGGCGAGGACGUCCGGUCAGCCACUCAGGAGGCCGUGGCUGCGCUGCUCAAGUGCUGCGUUGGGCCAAUAAAGAUGGAAGUCGGGAGGUUUAAGGCCGGCCCAUUUCACUCCGAGAGGCGGCUUUCCCAAAGUAGUCAGAUGAGUGAAACGGGCAGCUCCAAGGUGGCCAAUCAGUCUGGUUCUGAAUCGGAAAACCCCCCAAGUGAUUCUGACAUACCAAGCAAAAAUCAAGAGUCUGCAGAACAACAAGACAUCAGAACGGUUGAGUUCACUAAAGACCCCGGUGACACUCUAGGAAUCAGCAUAGCCGGCGGAGUGGGCAGCCCUCUGGGUGACAUCCCCAUCUUUAUCGCCAUGAUGAAUCCCAACGGCCUGGCUGCUCAGACACAGCUCAAGAUGGGAGACCGAAUUGUCAGCAUAUGCGGCACAUCAGCUGAAGGCAUGAGCCACUCGCAGGCUGUCGCUCUGCUCAAGAACGCCACGGGAACAAUACAGCUGCAGGUGGUGGCAGGUGGCGACACCACCGUGACGGGGCCCACUCAGAAGCAGGAUGGGGGUUCUCUGACGCCCAGCUGCAUCUUCCAGGAUGAUAUUGGCCCACCUCAGUAUAAGACCAUCACUCUCGAAAGGGGACCUGAUGGACUUGGUUUCAGUAUAGUCGGAGGGCACGGCAGCCCCCACGGAGAUUUACCUAUUUACGUCAAAACAGUGUUUGGAAAGGGAGCGGCGGCGGAGGACGGCCGUCUGAAGCGGGGAGACCAGAUCAUCGCUGUGAACGGGCAGAGCCUGGAAGGAGUCACGCACGAAGAAGCCGUCGGCAUCCUGAAGAGGACCAAAGGAACCGUAACCCUCACUGUGCUUUCGUAGGCGACAAACCACGAUCAGCGUCGUUUCGCUGUCCUGCGGCGAGACCGAGGCCGAAUCCACGGUGGUCUUGUUGCUAAGGUGACCGCGUGCGCCUGGAAGAGUUUAGAUAAUCGUGAAGAAGCUUUUUGUUUACUGUGGGUCUGAACACUGGGGUUCAUCGAAGCCUACUGACAGACUGAGAAGAGAUCACAACAAUAAGUAUUUUUAAUUACGUGACGCAUUCCCCUGACACUGGAUCAAAGUAUCUAAAUGCUGCUCUGAAGGAAAUUCCUAACGUCUUCUUUAAGCGUGUUUCGGAUUUAUUUGUUGAAGUAUAGUGCUGCUAGCGCUCGCGUGUAACGUCUUAUGACUCUGUAUUUGUUUUUGUACUACGCGUCACUAAAUGCUCAGAAACAUACAUGAACUAUUUUUAGAGUCACUUCUGGGGAAAAAAAGUGGGUCGUCUGAACUUGUGAUUAUAAGGUUCUUGUUUGCCCAAAAUAAAGUGAUCCGGUGUGUAGUUCUGGAGGUCACUGGUGUGUGUGAGUUUUGGAGUCUAGGCUGAAAGAUAACAUGUCUGUUUUAUCACUUUAAAUGUAUUUUUAGUGCUGUUUAUGUGAACACUGUAAUUAAACAAUAAAAGUGACCUUCGGCUUUAA